AACAGUGAAAUCGAACUACCCCAGGUUGCCUGAUGGGUAGGCGUAGUGUGUUGACCCUUUUCCAUAUAAUUGCAGUGUGAAGGAGCAGUGUAAAAUUGAAAAAGUAGUAAACAAAGGAUCGACGCGGCCAAUGCCACUGGUACAGAUCAGCAAAGUAGCAUCUUGCUUGCCUGAAAACAGCACUGUCUAGUGGCAAACGCUAGAGAGGACGUAUCUUCCCUAUAAGGAGAGCUUUCAGGUCUGAAGGACAACAGCAGCGCAGCAAAAUGCCUCCGUAUCGAUAUCCUACCAACAACUUCACUUACGUUAGCUCAUGCGUAAAGUAUAUGAUAUUUUUGCUCAACUUCGUGUUCUGGCUGUUCGGGGGAUUGCUCAUCGGCAUUGGAUUUUAUGCGUUUGUGGACAAAUGGCAGGCCACCGGACUGAUAAAGCUAGAAACGUUCUACGACAUUGUGCUGAACCUCUCGCUGGUGAUGAUCAUCGCAGGGGCCAUCGUGUUCGUCGUUAGUCUCGCUGGGUGCCUUGGGGCCCUGCGUGAAAACACCUGCCUGCUGAAGUUCUACUCGCUCUGCCUGUUGAUCUUUUUCCUCUGCGAAAUGGCCAUUGCCAUUACCGCGUUCGUAUUCCCGCACAAAGUGAACGCUGUGCUUGAGGAGUCGUUCACGGACAAAAUCAUUACGACCUAUCGGGACGAUCCGGAUUUGCAGAAUCUCAUCGAUUUCGCUCAGCAGGAGUUUAAUUGUUGUGGUCUGAGCAACGAGGGCUACCUAGACUGGGGCAAGAACGAGUACUUCAACUGCUCGUCGCCCAGCGUGGAAAAGUGCGGCGUGCCGUACAGCUGUUGCAUCAAUGCCACGGACAUCUCCUCCGGUUUGGUGAACAUCAUGUGCGGCUACCAUAUCCAGCAGCAGUCGGUUGCGGCGGCCAGUAAAAAGAUUUGGACCAACGGUUGCAUCGAAAUUGUGCGCGUGUGGGCCGAACGAAACCUGUACUUGAUCGCAGGCAUCGCUCUCGGAGCCGCCAUCAGUCAGCUUUUCGUCAUCUAUCUGGCCAAGACGCUCGAAGGACAGAUCGAUCUGCAGAAGAGUAGUUGGUCAUAGUGAAUUUACGUGGGGUGGGGAAGUGGUGGUCGACCAGUAUGAGCAACCUAGCAGCAGCGAGCGCAUGAAAACCACAAAGAGCACGCAGGCAAUGGCAAGAACGCGCGAAAUAGAGAGAAAAAAGAGAAAGAUAGACAGAGAGAGAUUAAAAGACCAAGCAACAACAGAAAGAAAAUCUUGCAAGGCACAAAAUCAGUUUCAGAACAAGUCUGCGCAUUCACAACGGCAACAUGAACAAAUCAGCACGUUAUUUUCCUUCAUCUUAUUCGCAGCACAAGGCGACUGAGUAAAGCACCCGCUCUGCAUUGCUCAAGAUGUGGGCUUCCAAUUUCCCCUACCACGCGAUCGUGCGCGAUCGCAAGAGUGGUUUGAAUUUGCGCAAAUCAAAUCUGUGGUUAAGUAAUCGAAACCUGCUUCGCCUGUGUGAUCAUUAGCUUGCGAUGUUUUUAAAGCUUAGACAAGCGUCAGUAUGGGCACGUAGGCAAUGCAACACACUAAAGGCAAGAUAAUCUACCUUCGAUGGACAAUUAGUAGAUGUUUAAGAGAGAAAGAGAGAAACAAAUGUGUUCUAUGUUUCGUGAGUUAAUGAAAGUGAAUUCGAAAGUCUUCUUGCUAC